UGAGACUAGAGAGAUCUUCAUUUCAUCUUUUGAUUUUGAGACUUCACUUGUAGGCCUGCUGAGGAGAAGACAACAAUGCUGAAGAAAGAGUUCAUGCCGUACUGGAACCUCAGUGUCACAGUGCAGCGGGGAAAAUUCAAUCGGUCGUAUGACCUUUUGUCUAAAUGUGACUGCUACGUCGUCUUAAAGUUACCCUCGGCCUGCGCUUGCUGCCAUCGCACGAAGACAGUGAAAAACAGUAAUGCACCAAAUUGGAAUGAAACAUUUCAUUUCAGAGUUCACAGUGGAGUCAAGAACAUUCUGGAAUUCCACAUAUUUGAUGCUGACACGUUAACGAAAGAUGACUACUUCUCCACCAUCCUAUUCGACAUCAAUAACCUCACACCUGGACAAAAGCAAACAAAAUGCUUCAUUACAGAUGAUAAGAAAAAGAGUGAGCUGUGGGUGGAGUUUGAGGCGACUGUGAGCUCUGAGAAGCCUGAACCAUACUUCUCUAAUGGAGUGCUGAUGGCAGGUCCAUUCUGUGCACUGGAUGUGAAGGUGGAAAAACGUCUACGGUCUAAUGUGGAGAAGGACAUGAUGUUAAAACUGCGAGGCGCUUAUAAGGAAGACUGUUUGAUCCCAAGCUCUGAGGAAAACCCCAGCUGCACACAGACCAUUCGCUACUACAUCAACCGAGACCUGGAGACUGAGUUUAGUCUCAUCCCACCAAAAGCUGGGGAAGAAGUGGACGGGAUAAAUCCAAAGAUUGCAGACAUUCUGUCAUCGGUCCCUAUGAAACCAUUACCAGACAAACAGCAGAUUAAACUCACCAUGCCCAUUGGAAAGGAUGAAGUGGAUCUGCAACUAAGCACAGAGGGCCGCUCUGAUGAAAAGUUGGAUGUGCGUCUGGAUUUUGAUAUUUCAAUGGAAGAAAAUAAUUUUCUGGUCAAAAGACGGAAAGUCGUGUCACAAGCUCUUCAGAAAGCUUUGAAUCUCAGCUCUGCACCUGAACCCAGCAAGGUCCCAUUGGUGGCUGUUGUGUGUUCUGGCGGCGGGACCAGAGCAAUGACUGGCACAUUCGGAGGCCUAAGAGCUCUUCAGAAACUCCAGCUUCUUGAUACAGUCAGCUACAUCACAGGGAUUUCUGGCUCCACCUGGACUAUGGCUUCUCUUUAUGGUGAUGCUAACUGGUCAAACAAUGACCUAAAUGUGGUUUUGGAGUCUGUAAAAAAGGAGAUUUCAAAAAGCGUGUUUAGUAUAUUUUCCAUUGAGCAGCUACGGCACUACAAAAAGAAGAUGGAAGAGAGAGAGAAAGAAGGACACCAAGUAUCUCUUGUCGAUAUGUGGGGUCUGGCUAUAGAAUACCUCAUCCAAGGGAAGAAAGAAAUGGGUACACUAUCUGACCAGCAGAUGGCACUAUCAAAGGGCCAGAACCCUUUUCCCAUCUACACAGCUCUCAACAUGAAGAAUGGCAAGACAGGAUGUACCAUAGAGACUGAAUGGUGUGAGUUCACCCCAUAUGAGGUUGGAUUUACCAAAUAUGGUGCCUUCAUACCUGCACAGAACUUUGGGAGUGAAUAUUACCUCGGCCACAUGAUCAAAAAACUCCCUGAAUCUGGAAUUUACUCUCUAUUGGGGAUAUGGAGCAGUGUUUUCUCUCUGAGUCUGACUCAGCUUUGGAGUGCUGUCACUGGAGUGAUUCCAUCCUGGGCCAGCAAAGUUGGGGAAGAAGUGAAUCAGACAGACAAAGAUGACAAACCAUCAACGUCGGACACACUUCAGGUCAGCCCUAUGACUAAUUUGGCAAAAAAGCUGAGCAACUUUCUGACCAGCCGCCCCAUUAUCAGUCAAGUAUUCAACUUCCUUAGAGGCUUCCACCUGCACAGGAACUACAGUGAGAACUGUGACUUCACCACAUGGAAAGACACACAUCCAGACGCCUUCCCAAACUCCCUGACACCAGCAGACGCCACACUUGGCCUAGUGGACACUGCUUUUGUCCUGAAGUCAGGAUUCCCUCCUGUGUUACGCUCUAACAGACGCGCAGACGUCAUUCUGUCUCUGAACUACGCUUGGGACCCGGACCACUUCAAGGUCAUAAAGCAAACUCAGGAGUACUGCACUGAUCGCAAGAUUCCAUUUCCAAAGAUUGACUACAAAACGUUGGAGUCCGAGCCGAUUAGGGAAAUUUAUGUGUUUGAAGAUAAAGAGAAUCCAGAUGCUCCCAUAGUGAUUCACUUUCCCUUGGUCAAUAUCUCAUUCAAGCAGUUCAAGUCUCCUGGAGUGAAGAGAGAGGGUAAGGCAGAGAUGAAGGAAGGAGAUUUUGAUAUUGACUUCACUAGUAUGUUCUGUCCAUUCGCCACUCACAACCUUACGUAUCACCCUGAGGAUUUCCAGAAGCUGAGCAACCUCACCACCUACAACAUUCUGAACAACAAAGAUGUCAUUUUAAGCACACUGAACAAAGCGCUUAAGAGAAACAUGGAGAGAAUUCCUGCUACAAAGGCGUCAAAAUUCUGAUUUGAUAUUGAGAUGAGAAGUUAAAGCUGACAGCAGGAGCAACUGGAGAGUGAUUUUUGUAUAUAUUUGACUUCACCCAGAAAUGUCAUCAUUCAUCACCCUCAUAUUGUUCCAAAACUGUGUCAUUUCCUUUUUUUCUGUAAAUCAGAGAGGGUUAAUGCAAUAAUCUAUUCUUAACAAUAAAAGUGAGGGUGACCAGGGACUGCCAAGCUCAAAACAUGAUAUACAGCAUCAUAAAAAGUCCAUUACAGUAGUCCAAAUGAUGCCAUACUUGCCAUUUUCCAAGUGUGGCAUCAUUGGUCAUUUCAUCAUAGCAACUUUGAUGCUCCUUAUUUGCAAAAAUACAUCAUAUUUGAGAGCUAUGAGAAGGUUUUCCGUAAAU